AUGUAUCUGUGGCAGGCCACCGUUCUGUUCUGUCUUCUGGCAUCAGCUGCCCUGCCCGUGGCGGCUGCAUCUGCUUGGGGCUUUACUGAUGCCACCGUGGCAGUUCAACAUAAGGGCGCAGGGAUCAAUGGUGGAUUCAAGGAACAGUUCGCUUCUUCGAAGCCGCUGUCGAAUCCGGUCGCGCUCGCCGGUGCGGAUACAUUGCGCGUCACCUUGACUGCGCAAGAAGGAAGCUCUGCGAAACGGCCACACCAAGCUUUCCUGCUAUUGAAGGAUAGCCAGACUGGCUUAGAUAUCUCCUACCCAUUUACUGUCAAGGAGAAUGGCAAGUCCAGACUCGAAUUGACCCAGAAGGAGCUUCCGGUUCAAUUCCUUACCCUCCCUAACCCAAUUGAUGCACGAGUUGUUAUCGGUUCCUUUGGAGACUCUGAACCAUAUGACAGCUCUGUUUUCAAGCUGUCGAUCGAGCGCAACCCCGAUGUGCCCGUGCCGACCCUCACUGUCGAGAGAUACGGCAAGCAACCACAGAUCUCCCACAUCUUCAAGGAUGCUGCCACAAGUCCUCCCAUCAUCAUUACUCUAGUUUUCGUGGCCCUAGUUGCUGCUACGUUCCCAAUUCUAGGCGGCCUGUGGAUCUUCCUCGGCGCCAACGUCAACCACCUUCCCACGGCUUUCAAGACGGCUCCUCUGCCUCAUCUUGUUUUUCUCGGAUCUCUCUUUGCCUUUGAGGGACUUUUCUUCCUAUAUUACACUUCCUGGAACCUGUUCGAGAUCCUGCCAGCUGCGGCUAUUGCUGGUACAGUCGCAUUCGUGAGCGGUAGCCGUGCAUUGGGUGAAGUACAAGGCCGGCGUCUUGCAGGCCUUCGUUGA